UAUGGUUUUCGAUCGUCUGUACCAUCAUGUAGUGAAUAAUAGAGUUUCCGUGUUUUUUGACUUUAGCCUUGUUUUUUUUUGUUGUUGUUUUUUUCUCCGAUCGGAUGCAGUUCUCCCCCCCUGCUGUAAUUAACCCACAAUAACCCAGAAUGUGGUAUAAAAGUGAGUUAGAAGAUGGAUACGAGUCUACUAAAACAGGCUCCAGUGGUGGUGGAUCUCCAGGAUGGGUCCCUGGCCCUGACUCAGCCUGGCACAGCAACCCUCCUGGGCCGGGGAACAGUAUCUGCGGUGGGCGCCGGCACAGCACGGUGUCCGACAGCGGGGACACAGGCAUCGGCACGUACUGCUCUGACAGCGUGGAAGAUGACUCCAGUUCGAGCACCACACCUCUGUCCUUCCAGCCGUUGUCUCAGCACCACUUGGAUGAUAGUUCUGUUCCUUUUGUCCACGUCAUGAUGUCCCCGUCCUCCUCACCCUACACCAGUUUCAGAGUCCCAGCCUCACCCAGCAGCUCAGGCCGCUGGAGCAGGUCCUGCCAGCUGACACCAGCCAUGUCCCCUGUGGGUCCACCGAGCUGUCUGGACAUGAAGGACCAGCAGCCCAUCCGGAGGUGGUCCUCCCUCACUAAGUUAUCAUCUGGGGCUGAUAAAAGUUACACAAGGACAUCAGGUGAUCAGUAUAACUCAGACUCACAUGGCUCCCUGGACAGGAGUCUGUUGUAUGGGUACAGGAAGGAGCCCGUCGGGUCAAACGUGGACCUGUAUCUUCCUUUGUCCUCCUCGGUGCUCUACCACAGUCUGCUGCAGCGCUCACCAGGAGCAGGCCCCUGCUACCGCCACAACCACAGCAGAUCCAGUGGUUUGGACCCAGAUCUGUCCCGUCCUUCAGCUCUGUCCAAACACAGCAGUUUGGACAUGAGCUACAGUGCGUUACCAGAAGCUAAGCUGACUCGGGGAGGAGGUCAGCUUUACGGGCUCACCUUACCCAAACAAGCAGACUCUCCUCUGCGCCAUCAGACCGACAGGAGCUCCCCGAUCCAGCCGGCGGUCCGCACUCAGAUGUGGCUGACGGAGCAGAUGGAGUACAGGCCCAAAGGAGAGGGUGGAGGUCACAUCAGUCCUGCUGGGACGGAGGGCUGCUGCGGAGAUGGACCGUUGUUGUGUCAACAGGGACAUCAGCAGGAGCCGGGGCUAAACCAGAUGGUGAUGGGGAGCUCACUUCCUGUCAACACUCUGGUGAAGGUUAAAGAGGGGCUGCUGAGACAAAGAGAGCUUGAGAUUGAAAGGCAGAAGCAGCAGAUCUUGCAGCUUCAUGCGCGGAUCAGAGAGAACGAGCUGCGAGCUCAGCAGGUCCUAAAUAGUCAGAGAAGCUGGUUUGACGAGCCACACAUCCCAAAAACUAAGGAAUCAGUGUUGAGAACGCCGUGCAAACAGCCCUCUGACAGGCCGUGCUGUGACGAAGACCUCGGCAGGAAGCUCGCCGUGGCUGAACUGGAAGUUCUCCAUUUAAACGAGUUCUUCAAGCAAGCCACACAGAGAUACAGCGAGGACAUUAAGAAACUGGAGGAGAAGAUCAAGACAAGGGAUCGUUACAUCAGCAGUCUGAAGAAGAAGUGUCAGAGAGAGAGCCAGCAGAACCAGGAGAAGCAGCUCCGCAUAGAGACGCUGGAGAAGUACCUGUCUGACCUGCCCACGCUGGACGAGGUGCAGGCGCAGGCCCAGCAGCAGGAGGAGGUGCAGCAGAAAGCUAAGGAUCUGGAGAAAAAAGCCUCUCGGUUAGAGCAGAGUCUGGAAGAAGGAAGUGCUCUGAUGAAGGAGAAAGACAUCAGUAUAGAGAAGCAGGCUGCGAGGGAGAAGGAGCUGAUGGCAUCUGUACAAAGCCUGCAGCAGAAGGUGCAGCACUGUCUGGAUGACGGGGUGAGGUUACCGAUGCAGGACCUGAAGCGGCUGGAGGUGGAAAACACUCAACUUCUAGAGCAGCAAGACCACAGCAGCAGGCUGAUAGAGCAUCAGAAAGAGCGUAUUGAGAGACUGACCCAGCAGCUGACGGCCACCAGCACAAAACUGCAAAAGAAAAGAGGUCUCUCUCAUCAACAACAGUCUUCUCCGCUGGAAAAGGAGGAAAACCUGACCAGCCCAUCCAGACCCUUCUCACAGCAUGAAGACCUGCUGGUGCAUCCCCUGUCCCAUGGAGAGAUGCCUGAAGCGGGCCGGCUGCUGAAAGAGAUGUCCCUGUGUCUGCUGGACCUCCAGGCUCUCUGCAGCAUCCUGGCUCAAAGAGCACAGGGCAAAGAGCCCAACCUGUCUCUGCUCCUGGGAAUGAAAUCACUCAGUGUUUCGGCGGAAGAGAGCGACAGCAGAGUGGCGGCGGAGGAAGAACUGAGGUUCAGGCUGCUGGAGGUCGGCCAGCUCAGGAGAGACAUCGAUGACCUGAGGAAAAGCAUCUCAGACCGCUAUGCUCAGUAUAUGGGGGACAGCUGUGUGUCCCAGUGAUACCCUGUAACCCCCAGCUAUAGAAAUGCGCAAAAAUUACAAUUCUGUGUCUGCAAUACAAGACGAUGAAUGCUUUCAAGAUGUUCCACUGUAUGUCGCUCGCCAUCAAUUUGAGUGUACACAAAAGUUCUGCCAAGCCAAGCGCACCCAAAAAGGCUAAAAACUGCCCAAAGAGCAGCUGAACGGAGACCGUCCCUUUAUUUCUAGCGCCGUCUGCUGUAACCCUCCAAAAUCGCAGCUCCCGUUACACUGCGACUGCAUCAUACCCCAAGCUUCUGUGGGGUCAAAUAGCGUGUCCUAGCUAUCUUUGAUUAGUCUCACAUGUAACUAACCACUUAUCUCUGUGAAUCUCAGUAAGCCAUUAAUAAGCAAUAUGAAGUGUGCAGAUGUGCUGUUGGCCACCUGACUGUUAAAGGGACUCAUCAACUGUUUGUUAUACCAGAACAAACAAAGAAAAAAACCUGUUUUUAAUAGUGAUUAUUUGUUCAGUCGUUCAUGUUAUGUAUCAUCUGUCAUACAUUGUUUUAAUGGUGUUUGGGUGAAACUCGAGCCAAAGAAACUGAAAGAGCAAAGUGAAACAGCACAAUGCACUUUGUGGUAGAUUUUCUUCUCUGCAACCAGACAGGUUAUAGUGUGAUCUAUCACACAACAAACUAUUAGGCAUUUUAUAUCUGAAUGAUUUCAUUAUAUUGAAGAAGUUGAACCAACAAUGAGAACCAAACUAAAGGUGUGUUUGGCUCUGUGGUUCAGUUUAAGAAGCCGCUGGAUGGCUUGUUAAUCUGCAUAAGAAAGGAUUCUUUGUUUGAUAUGCUUUUAGUUUCUAUAAAUGCCAAAGCUAUGUUUAUAUACAGCCAUGUUCCUAAAUCACUAUGUAUGUUUGUUUUUAAAAUAUGGAUUUGCUCUUAUUUGUUCGGAUAGAAAAUAAAAUUAUUUUUCUAAA